CGGGGGUUCGGUUCUCGCGGCCCCGGCUCCCACGGGCGGCGAGCCGGGGCUGUCAAGGAGAGCCUCGGCUGGCGUGGGGGCGCCGGCCGCGCGGGGCGCGAGGAGGCAGUCGGGGGCAUCCGCUCGUGUGCGCGUGCGCGCGUGCGCGCGGGGCGCCCGGGCCGCGGGCCGCCGCUCCCCGCGCCCGUCGACCUUUUGCGCGUGCGCGCGCCCCUGCGGCCGGGGGUGGAGGCCCCGUACAGCCAGCUGCCCCUCUCCUCCCAUCGCCUUCCCCUUCCCCUUCCCUUUCCCCUUCCCUUUCCCCUUCCCUUUCCCCUUCCCCUUCCCCUUCCCCUUCCCCUUCCCCUUCCCCUUCCCCUGUGCGCGUGCUUGGGGUCAUCGCGGCCAGCCCUCUGCCUCCGGUCCUCCCUUUCACUAGCUUCCCGCCAGCUGCUGGCGUCUUAAACGUUGGUAAACGUGGCAAACAUUAAACUUUCCUGAUACUGCAAGAGUGGGUUUUCGAGGCCUUCUCGUACCCUGGCUCCGCGGAUAAGGGGUCUCCUACCACACCCCACAUGCCCAGUGUUCGCGAACUGUCACACACAGAGGGGCCGUUUGCAGGGUGGCCAGGUUGGGCAGGUGAAGCGCAGGACGCGCCGGGAGGUUACAAUUCCGUGUACACGACCAGCGAUGUCCAUGUUCGCGUCAAGCCCCAGAGCUUGCAAGGGACCCCACCGCGCUCGCAAAUUCUGCGCAUGUCCAGAAUUUGAAUUUAGCGGCCCCACUCCAAUGGGGAGUUUGUUAGGGAUGCAGGUGGCAGCCAAGCCCUGGAAACUGUAUUGGAAUCCAGCAGCUACCGCCCUGUGGGCGUGUGUGAGGCUCUGGCCGUCUGUUCCUUCUGCUCAGGACUCCCCACCCUGCUUCCCCUGCCUUCCGGGUCCAGCUGGGGUCACCGCCUCCGAGGAGCCCUCCUGGACUGCCCACCACAGGGCACUAGCCCUCGGAGAUUCUGCCAAGGACUCCCCACCCUGCCUCACCUGCCUUCUGGGUCCAGCUGGGGUCACUGCCUCCGAGGAGCCGUCCUAGACUGCCCACCACAGGGCACUGCGCCCCCUGGGAGCUGUACCCUGGGACAGCGUGGAGCUCAUGUGGCUUUUCUCAGCCUUGGGAGGUGGGGAUGGGUUCCCAUUUCUCAGAGGGGGCACUGAGGGUGGGGUCUAGGGCAGGUGCCCAAGGUCUCACAGGCAGGGAACAGCUGGGCUGGGUGUGGACUUCUAGGACAGGGCAGGACACACACCCAGGUCCAGGUUCUGGCCUGCCUUCGUCACCCAGGGACAAGAUGAGGCCUCAAGCCUAUGCUUUCCUGGGUGUAUAAAUGCCAUUUUCUGUCUCCCUCCCAGAGCCAGCUGCCCCGUAUCUUCGGGGGGUCCCGGAGCACCCGUGCUUCCAGUGGGGAGGUGCCUAAGCUGCCAAGGGUGCUUGAGGUUAGGGUCCCGUCUCCCUGGUCCAGCACACCCUGUGGGGGCCGCCGAUGCUGUUAGUGCUCCCGGCCCCCGGACUUCUGCACCAGAGGCAGAGGCGCUGCAACCAGAAAUGAAAACAGGCGGUUCUGAGCCCGCCGCGGCUGUCCUUGGAGAUGCCAGGGUGGGGACUGAGCUGGGCGAGACCAGCAGAGUGUGUGGGGGGUAGAGGCAGCCAGGUGCCUGGAGCUGGGGACUCAUCUGGGGCUUUGGGGACAGAGGAGGAGCCCAGGUCCAGCAGCCGACCCCAUCCUGCUCCACAUCCCUGGGUGUGUUUAUACAGAACACACGUGCGUGGAGACUGCUUGCAGCCGUGCUGGCACUCCCCCCCAGGACGUUGGGGUUGGGGGUUCAGGCGGGUCACUGUUUCCUGAAACCGCUUCUUUCUUUUUCUUUCAUUUUUUUUUUAUUUCUUAAAGUUUAUUUAGUUUGAGAGAGCGGGAUGGGGGCAGAGAGAGAAUCCCAAGCAGGCUCCACACUGUCAGUGCAGAGCCCAACAUGGGACUCGAACUCACGAACCGUGAGAUCUUGACCUGAGCUGAAGUCAGCGCUUAACCGUCUGAGCCACCAGGUGCCCUGAAGCUGCUUCCUUCUUAUCUGUGGGAGAGGCUCAGGACCCCUGCCCUACACAGGGGCUCCGAAGGCAGAGGCGGUGAGCUGGCCCGCCUGGCCAGAGCCUGGUCAGAUCGCGACUCUGCCUGCCUGUGGCCCCAGGCAAGGCCUUGCACCCCACAGAGCCUUGUCUUUGUCCUGUGGAACGGGGACAGUUCCAGGAGCUCCCUCCUGUGUCACUGGGAGGACACGUGGCGGGGACCGCACCAGUGGUUGGGCCUCGCGUGGAGUCUGCUGACCUCGCGCCUGCCCCGUGUCCUUCCCCCUCCCCACUUCUCUAGCAGGCUUACUGCUUUGCGGCUCACCCGUUUAAAGCGUCCGGCUCUGGGGUUUUCAGUACCUCCGCAGGGGUGCCAAAUCUCCAUGCCCCCCACAGAGGAAGCCUCGUCCCCAUCACCAGUCACUCCUCCAUCCCCUCCCUGGCUCCCGCGAGCCCCCUUCCCGUCCGUGGACGAGCCCGUUCCGGACGUUUCACACACGUGGACUCACACCCCGUGUGGCCUCUCGUGUCGGGUUCCCUCCCUGAGCGUCGUGUGUUUGGGGUCCGUCCGCGGGGCGGCGGGGGUGGGCGUCUUGCUCCUGCUCGCGGCCGAGGGACGUGAACCUUUCGCGGUGGACGCGUGUAUCCGUCCGUUCAUCCAUUGAAGGGCGCUUGUGCUGUAUCCGCCGUCUGGCUGCUGUGAACACACGUGUGCGGGGUUCUUUGUGGACGUGUGUUCUCGGCUCUCGUGGGCACACGCCUGGGCGUGGAGGGGACCGGUCACUGGCUCACACGGUGACUGUGCUGCGAGUUUUCCCCCUUCUGCCUCAGAGCUGGCGCCCCCGCCGGCGGCGUCCCCCUGACAGCCCCCUGUUGCCUGUGUUACUCAGCGGCUGUGCUCCUGGAGGACAGGUGAGACGGUGUGUUUUGCCGUGGAGACAGUGGGAGCCUCGUGACCGGUGCGGGCCGUGGGGUCCUGAGCGUGGUGUGUGCCGGGAGCAGAUUCAGGGUCGGUGCCGCGGGCCCUGCCGGGCACAGCACUGGGAGCGCACGCGGGGCCCCUCUCCGCUCUCUGCCUCUCGUGGCUGCCGCGGGCCCCCCCGAUUCUGUGCGUUUGUCAAAUUUGUAUCAUGAGCCUAGGACGGACCGCGGUGGGUGAGGGUGCCCUGUGCCCUCCAGCGGGCCCGACUGAUGAAUAAGUGGGGUUCUGGGCGGCUCAGGCGCAUCAGAGAGGGUGAAAGCCCACAGCUGUAAGAUGAUCCCAGCACUUUCCUGUCCACGGGGAAGGGGCAGGGGGCUGGUCCACCCCAGGACUCCAGAGGACGGUGUGUUCCGGGCACACGGUGGCACCUUUGAUGCCUCUGAAUCUCGUCGACGGGACCAGUGGUUUAGCUCCGAUGUAACCCGAGGCGGUGCUGACCGACGGGGUUAUGACGCGGGGUACGCACGAAACGCUAAGCGUUUUAGAAGCCGUGUUUCCAAAAAAAUGCGCAAAGAAACAGGUGAAAUUCACUGUAAGGAUGCGUUCGCUUAACCUGAAACACGGAACGUGAGCACCUGAGCACGUAGUCAGCGUGAAGACGCUUCACGAGACCGCUCACGUUCACCCGUGGCACCUCGCACAGGGAGAAAAGGAUGCCAGUGAUGGCCUAAGCUGUGCAGACCAAGAGUUGUCGGAGCCCCGCCGAGGAUGGACCCCGCCCCGGGCCUCGCGGAGCAGCGUGGGGAUGAGGAGGCCGCGAGCCCCCAGCCAGCGCCUGUGCCGUGGCAAGCCCUCCCGGUCCUGUCCGAGCAGCAGUCCCAGGACGUGGAGCUGGUGCUGGCCUACGCCGCGCCCGUCCUCGACAAGCGUCAGACCUCGCGCCUCCUCAAGGAGGUGUCGGCCGUGCACCCGCUGCCCGCCCAGCCUCACCUCAAGAGGGUGCGGCCCAGCCGCGAUGCCAGCCGCCCGCACGCACUGGAGAUACUGCUGUGCCUGGCGGGGCCGGCCCCGGGUGCACGAUCGCUGGCCGAGCUCCUCCCGCGGCCGGCCGUGGACCCUCGCGGCCUGGGGCAGCCCUUCCUGGUGCCCGUGCCCGCCCGGCCGCCCCUGACCAGAGGCCAGUUCGAGGAGGCGCGCACCCACUGGCCCACGUCCUUCCACGAGGACAGGCAGGUGGCCCGUGCCCUAGCCGGACGGCUCUUCUCGGUGCAGGAGCAGGCGGCGAUGCAGGGCCACAUGGAGCGGGCCGUGUGGGCAGCGCAGCAGGCGGCCGCCAGGGGCCUGAGGGCCGUGGGGGCGGUGGUGGUGGACCCGUCCUCAGGCCGCGUGCUGGCCACGGGCCAUGACUGCAGCAGCGCGGCCAACCCCCUGCUGCAUGCCACCAUGGUGUGCAUCGACCUGGUGGCCCGGGGCCAGGGGCGCGGCGCCUACGACCUCCGCCCCUACCCUGCCUGCUCCUUCGCCCCGGCCGUCGUCGUCCCCCAGGGCGUCCGCGCGGGCUCUGUGCGCAAGCUGGAGGAGGACGGGGACGCGCGCGGGGACAGCCUGCCCUACGUGUGCACCGGCUAUGAUCUCUACGUCACCCGCGAGCCCUGUGCCAUGUGCGCCAUGGCCCUGGUACACUCCCGCGUGCAGCGCGUCUUCUACGGGGCGCCGUCGCCCGACGGUGCGCUGGGCACCCGCUUCCGCAUCCACGCCCGGCCGGACCUCAACCACCGCUUCCAGGUGUUCCGUGGUGUUCUGGAAGCCCAGUGCCGCCGGCUGCACCCCUUCGUGUAGGCGGCCG